UUGGGUCUCCGCUGAUGCUCCCGGGCAGAGACGGAAUAACAGUCCACUCGCAGUCUCCCAGUGCAACUCUCUGCGGACAGGGUGGAGUCACUGGCCAGGCACGCACCCCGCUAACGCUGCAAAAUUACCCUUUCCUUGAAGUCCUGGCGAAGCCCCUCUCCUCACCGUGAGUGUGGGUAUGCGCAACCAAGGGUUAAAUCUGCCUGGAACUUUCAGUAAGGGCAGUGAGGUGGGAGGAGCCAGCAAACUGGGAACAGAGAGCGGGUUCCCAGAUCUUGCAAUCUGCGUUCAGACACACCGACGUACCGUUCCAGUCUCCAGCUCCAGAGCAAAGCCCCCGCGCCCCAGGCAGAAGGGAAACUCGGCAGCCACUAACCCCCGCGUGGCCUGGCAUCGGGAGGUGCAGGCGUCGGCGGAGACUGGCUGAUGUCUCGCCUAAGGUGUUGGCUGCUCCCGGCCAUUCUGUUCCUGGCUCGGACUCGGAGCUCGGAGGCAGCGGCCUGCCAUGGAUGCACAUCCAGCAACAAAUGCGACUGCAGCGGCGUCAAAGGAGAGAAGGGGGCAAUGGGACUGCCCGGCUUUGCGGGACCCCUGGGAAUGCCGGGAUUCCCAGGGGUUGAGGGACCACUUGGCCCUCCGGGGCUGAAGGGAGACAGAGGAGAACCAGGAGCAGUGGGGAAGAAGGGAACCCGGGGUCCAGCUGGAGCCCCCGGAUUCCCAGGAACGCCAGGAUUACCUGGGCUGCCGGGCCAGGAUGGACCUCCCGGUCAGCGGGGUAUCCCAGGAUGCAACGGUACAAAGGGUGAACCAGGUCCCACUGGGCCAGCAGGACUUCCAGGAUUGCAAGGGUUUCCGGGUCAACCGGGUGUUCCUGGGCCAAAGGGUGAGCCCGGGGAAGUGAUUGGCAUUCCAGUGCUGAAGGGAGACCCUGGACUCCCAGGACGUCCGGGGGAAAAGGGCUUGCCAGGGAUUUCAGGACCCAUUGGACCUCCAGGACCCCUAGGCUACCCAGGACCUGUGGGUCCCCCAGGAGCCCCAGGACUUCCAGGGCCUAAGGGCAACAUGGGGGUACAGUUCUACGGGCAAAAGGGCGAAAAGGGUGAUCCUGGAGAUCGAGGCCCUGCUGGGCAGCCUGGCCAGGGAGAGCAUACUGGGCCCCCGGAAGCAAAAAUCCAGAAAGGAGAGAAGGGUCAAAAAGGAGAUCAGGGGGAAAAGGGACUCAAAGGUUUUCCUGGGAGCCCAGGACACUCGAUAAUCGGGAUGAAGGGUGCCAAAGGAGAGAUGGGUGAGCCGGGCAAACGGGGCAAACCCGGCAAGGACGGAGAGCCAGGCCUCCCAGGACAUAACGGACUGGUGGGUUAUCCUGGUCAACCAGGCACCCCUGGCCAACCUGGGUCCAAGGGUGAUAGAGGCGCCCAAGGAAUUGCUGGCCCCCCCGGAAUUGAGCCGGCCUUGCUCUUACAGAUUGUUGACCAACAUGGGAAUGUUAUUAAAGGCAUACCAGGAGAGCCAGGAAGCCCAGGUCCUCAAGGGGAGAAGGGAGAACGAGGUCCUGUAGGGCCCCCAGGACUGAUAGGAAUACAAGGACCUCCAGGUUUACCACUGCAGGGAGAGAAAGGUCAGCUGGGAUACCCAGGCGAGCGGGGCCUGAAGGGCGAUAAGGGGGAGCCGGGGUUUCCGAAGCCGGGCUUGCCGGGAAAUGAUGGUCCCAGGGGGCUCCCCGGCCCACCUGGUCAACCUGGCCCCCGAGUGUCUAAGGAAGACUGUAUCAGUAUACCUGGGCCGAAGGGACCUGUUGGACCUCCCGGUUACCGAGGGGAGAUGGGGAUGAAAGGGACCAAGGGAGAUACCUGCUACCACUGCAAUGCCACUGUGUUAAUUGGACCACCAGGACCCCAAGGCCCUCCUGGGCUACCAGGUGAUCAAGGGGUUCCAGGGAGCAAGGGAGAGCGAGGACCACCAGGAAGGAUAGGACUCCAAGGCCAGCCCGGUCCUGCCGGCGUUCCAGGGUCGACGGGAUUCCCCGGAGCCAAGGGUGACCCGGGUGACAUCCUCACUCUGCCCGGUCUGAAGGGAGACCGGGGGGAGAGGGGUUUCCCGGGAAAUCCGGGCUUUCCUGGUGCAGAUGGAAUUCCCGGGAAGGACGGAGUCCCCGGCCUGCCUGGAUUCAAAGGAGAGCCAGCAACGAUCGGCUUCAAAGGAGAGCCGGGACUGCCGGGGCCUCCGGGACCUCAAGGACUACCAGGAGACCAGGGACUACCCGGCACCCCAGGCAUCGGACCCCCGGGACACCCGGGGGUAAAGGGCAUCCAGGGCUUUCCAGGGCAGCCAGGCCUGCCUGGGGCCAGAGGUCGGAAAGGCGAAUCGGGAAAAUCCAUAGGUUUGCCAGGACCACCAGGAUUUCCGGGCCCACGAGGAGAAAAGGGCCAGCCAGGGAGCAGAGGUGAUCCAGGUUUUCCGGGUUUCCCAGGUCAGCAGGGAGACAUUGGACCCAAAGGGGAUCCAGGUCCGCCAGGGAUAGGAUUUCCGGGCCCCACCGGGCCUAAAGGUACGGAUGGACUUCCUGGAGAACAAGGUUCUCCCGGCCUCACUGGCAGGCCCGGAGCGGACGGUCAGCCUGGCCCACCUGGACUCCCGGGAGAGAAGGGUGUUCCGGGAGUGGGGCUCCCGGGCCCUCCGGGGUUCCCAGGCAACCCAGGGUUGGACGGAGUUCCAGGACUUAAAGGGGAUGCAGGUUUCCCUGGGAUCCCGGGCAGACCGGGACAGCCGGGACCUCCAGGUUUCUCCGGCAUUAAAGGUAACACGGGUCUGCGAGGCUCCCAGGGUCCCCCCGGACCGCCUGGACCUCCGGGGGUCGGAGCACCAGGCAUACCUGGCAAGCCAGGACCUCAGGGACCACCAGGCUUGAACGGAUACACGGGACCCCCUGGGCCCAAAGGAGACCCUGGUUUCCCAGGCUUAGACAUCCCAGGUCCACAGGGAGAGCAGGGGCUGAGGGGACCAAAGGGUCUCCCUGGCCUGCCUGGAAAGCCAGGUGAGAUUGGACUACCAGGAAGAGAUGGACCUCCUGGACUUCAAGGUCCAAAAGGAGAGAUGGGAAUGAUGGGUGCCCCUGGGAGCCCAGGUUUUCCCGGAGAUCCAGGGAUUGUGGGACUGCCGGGCGCCAAAGGUGACCCAGGGUUACCAGGAUUCCCCGGUGCUCCGGGCAUCAGCGGAGCGAAGGGGACAAAGGGGGAGAGUGGCGUGCAGGGGCGGCCCGGUGAGCUGAACAAAGGCGAGAUGGAGAAGAUGAAGGGACAGAAGGGAGACACUGGGGAACCAGGGAGGAGCGGCUCUCCGGGAUUUAAGGGGUACCAAGGUAUUCCUGGUGAUCCCGGACAGGCAGGGAAAGAUGGGGACCCAGGAUUACCGGGACAGCCAGGGCCAGCGGGUGAUCCUGGAGUCCCAGGAAAACCAGGAAGAACGGGCGUUCCGGGAGAGAAAGGACACAUCGGGGAGAUGGGCUUACCAGGUGCCUCCGGACCUCCCGGCCAGCCAGGCUCCCCAGGACAACGAGGACUCCCUGGAUUUGCUGGGAGGACUGGUCAGAAGGGUGUAAAGGGAGACUCCGGCCCACCGGGGUACGGCCUCCCGGGUGAGCAGGGUCAGAAGGGAGAUCCAGGUUUGCCGGGUUUUCCGGGUGAACCCGGACCAAUAGGCAAUCCCGGUUUUCCGGGGUUGACGGGUGCACUGGGGCCGACAGGUCCAAAGGGGAGUCCAGGAGUGCCAGGAAUCCCAGGUAAUCCAGGGCCACCCGGCACCAAAGGUGACGUCGGACGCAUGGGUGAACCAGGCUUUGCCGGAAGCCCAGGACUACCAGGUCCCACGGGGACUCCAGGACCCCCUGGGUUUCCUGGAGACAAAGGCUUACAAGGUCGUGAUGGAAUACCCGGUGUCAUAGGGGAGAAAGGCAAUCCAGGUCUACCGGGAAGAGACAUGCCUGGACAACCCGGACGUCCUGGCCCAAAGGGUGUGAAAGGUGACAUUGGCUUGCCCGGCUUCCCUGGCUUACCGGGAGUUCCGGGCAGGAAAGGAGAGAAGGGAUAUCCGGGCAGCCAAGGUCUCCCAGGUAACCAGGGACUCCCUGGCCCGCCGAACGUGGCUCUGGAGGGGCCAAAGGGAGAAAAAGGGGCCCCAGGGACGCCAGGCCAACCAGGGGACCCUGGUUUACAAGGUCUCCCGGGAACGACAGGACUGACUGGGUCGAAAGGAGACAAAGGAGAGUUGGGGCCUCCUGGAUUCCAAGGUUUUCCGGGGCCGAAGGGAGAGACGGGUUUCCAAGGACCACCCGGGAUCGCUGGGCACCCUGGAGCCGCGGGACAAAAGGGAGACCCAGGACGUCACGGAGUUCCAGGCUUUGAAGGGUCGAAAGGCUCAUCAGGCCCUCCCGGAUUACCCGGCAUACAGGGCGACAGAGGACCACCAGGACAGCAAGGCAUUCCGGGACCCCCAGGACCUCAGGGACCGUUACUGAUUGUGAAGGGACUUCCUGGGUUGCCCGGACCAGCAGGAUGGAAUGGAGAAAAGGGAUCUCCUGGGUCUUUCGGAAGCAAAGGUGACACAGGUUUCCCAGGCCCACCGGGAGAACCUGGUGAUGUGGGACCUCCGGGCUUUGAAGGAAGACCUGGGAUGAAAGGAGAGAGUGGACAAACCGGACCAACAGGUCCAAAAGGAAAUCCGGGACCCAGGGGUCCGGAGGGAGCACCAGGCCCUCGGGGACAUCCUGGCCCGCCGUCCAUCGCCCACGGCUUCCUUGUGACACGCCACAGUCAGACGACGGAUAUUCCCAGCUGCCCUCAUGGAACGUCGAAAAUCUAUGAUGGGUUCUCCCUGCUCUAUGUGCAGGGCAACGAGAGGGCCCAUGGACAGGACCUGGGCACGGCGGGCAGCUGCCUGCGAAGGUUCAGCACCAUGCCUUUCCUCUUCUGCAACAUCAACAACGUCUGCAACUUUGCUUCGAGAAACGACUACUCCUACUGGCUGGCCACGCCGGAGCCAAUGCCGAUGAGCAUGGCUCCUGUCACUGGUCCGACCAUAAAGCCAUUCAUCAGCAGAUGUUCGGUCUGUGAAGCCUCCGCCAUGGUGAUUGCUGUUCACAGUCAAACGAUUCAAAUCCCGCUCUGCCCCAACGGCUGGUAUUCCCUAUGGAUCGGAUAUUCCUUCAUGAUGCACACCAGCUCCGGCGCCGAGGGCUCCGGACAGGCCCUGUCAUCGCCCGGUUCGUGCCUGGAAUCGUUCCGCACCGCUCCCUUCAUCGAGUGCCACGGCCGGGGAACCUGCAAUUACUACGCAAACUCCUACAGCUUCUGGCUGGCGACUGUGGAGACGACGGAAAUGUUCAGGAAACCGGAGUCAGAGACGCUAAAAGCGGGAGAACUGCGGACGCGAAUCAGCCGCUGUCAAGUCUGCAUGAAGAAAACGUAAAGUCCCGGAGCCCCUCGGCGUGUUGUGGCUCACAACUCUCUCUCGGACUAUGGUGCUAUUUCUAUAAUAAAGCAGUAUGACAAUA